AUGGCGCAAAACUUCCAACACCCAUUUCAAUGCAUACACUUCGUCAAGAGAAAGAACGGCGAAUCUAGAAAUGUGCUCGUAGCAUCUGCCGGCGCAAGGCUCUUCUCCUACGCCGCGGAGUCCGGACAGCGCCUGUCUUCCUGGCCGCUAGACGGUGCGGACAUUGCCAUCCCCGAUGCCAACGGCGCUGGAUCUAACCCGGAGACUGAAGGCCCGCCGGGGAAGAAGAGGAAGGUCGAUCCAGCUGAGCAGAAGAAAAACGGCGAUGCCCCCGCAAAGAAGACCCCUGCCUGGACCAACAUUCCCAUCUUGACAUCUACUCCGGAUGGGGAAUAUCUGGUUGCGCUCACGGGGGAGGACAAGUGCAUCCGUGUUUUCCAGAUUGAAGAGGACGGUUCAUUCCAGCAGCUAAGCGAAAGACCAAUGCCCAAACGGCCCAGCGCCAUCAAAUUCAUGGAAAACAACGACAUCUUAACAGGCGACAAGUUCGGAGACGUCUGGUCCAUGCCACUAAUUCCCAGCGCUGAGCCUCGCCCAGCGCCAAAGACACCAGCUCAGCGAUCCACAGCAAUCGCAGCAACAAACCUAACCGUGCACACGGCGCGCAACCUCAAAUCGCUGGAGAUGCAAAUCAACAUGAAAAGCCAGCAGCAGGAGCAUAAGAAGGCUUCAGAGAAACCCGUCUUCGACCAUGACCUACUCCUGGGCCACGUCUCCCUCCUCACAGAUGUAGCCUUUGCCUCUUUACCCUCUCCAGACCCGUCAUCCACAAAGAGGAGAAACUACAUCCUCAGCGCGGAUAAAGACGAGCAUAUUCGUGUCUCGCGCAGCCGGCCCCAGGCGCAUAUCAUCGAGAGCCAAUGUUUCGGUCAUACAGCGUUUGUCUCGAAACUCUGCAUUCCGGAGUGGGCGCCGGAGCUCCUCAUCUCAGGCGGCGGAGACCCGCAUCUUAUCGUCUGGAAAUGGGCGACCGGGGAGCUCCUGCACACCGUGCCUCUCGCGGAACAAGGAUCCGAAGCUGACGCUGAAGGCCAGCCCAAGGAAAUCGCCGUGCGCGGUAUCUGGGCGGCUACGCGUGGCGCGGACUCGCAGCGCAUCAUCUUUGUUGCUCUGGAAGGCAACCCAACCCUUCUCCCCUUCACACUAGAGCCCAACGGGUCCAUGACGCCGCACAAGCCAAUCCAAACAUCAGGCAACAUCCUCGACGUCGAGGUGCACAUGAACACAGUCCUUGUCUCAGUAGACUGCAUCCGGGCCCCUGGGUCGACGCAAGAAUGGCGCUCUGCGACGUCGACAACGCUCCUCGAAGCGUUCCAGCUGAAGCAAGGCACGACCGAGUGGGAGUCUGUCUCGGACCAGAUGCUCGGCACGAUUAAUGCUACGGGGACUGUACCUGUGGGUUUGACGGAGGGUGCCGAGGAGAAGGAGAAGGAGGCGCUGAAUGGGGUUCUUUAUGGACUUGAGAAUUUGAGGAAGCACGGUUGGGCUGGCGAGGAGACUGUGUUUUAG